CACUCAAGCUGGCAACUCUGGGAAGUUCCUCAGCCAAUCAGAGUUCAGCUGGAAUUGACGCCUGGUCAGCUCAAUGCUAGCGCAACCCGGGCGCGUCCAUCAAGUAAAUUAAACCGCCUAAAACGUUUGUGUUUGUUCAAGGAAUAUAAUCCAGUCUCACAAGUGAGGUGCGUGUGAGAUAUGGGACGAGAGAAGGAUGUUAAAGGAGAAGGGAAGCCCAAGCACAAAGCAAGGAAGCUGAAAACGCUGAGUGAUUAUGAAAGCGCUGCUGCAGGGGGAGAUGCGACCAAGAAUAGUGCAAAGACAACUAAAUCUACAGAGAAAACUGAUAUUGGAAAGUCUCAUAAGAAGGUCAAGACACUUAAAACGGAGAUCCUGGAGUCAGACAGCAGUCCCAGCGAGUCGGUGAAACAAGAGCCAGAGGAUGACGACUUUACUUCAAAGAAGAAAGGAUUGAAAAGGAAAAGAAUUAAGGAUGAGCCUGUGGACGGCCCUUCAACAUCCAGCGCCACACCUAUCCCAAAGAAAAAAAGAAAGCAACAUGGGCAGGAAGAAGAAAGAGGCGAAGAAGCUCAGAAAAAGAAGUCAAAGAAGAGAACAGAAAAGGCGGUAAAGAAAGAGGAAGGAGAGCAACCAGUCACUAAAAAACCUAAGAGGACAAAGGAGGAGAUUGAGGAGACAAGACAGCUGAAGAUCAAAAAGAAGAAGGAGGAGGAGCAGAAUCGCUGGAGAUGGUGGGAGGAAGAGAAGUACGAAGAUGGGGUGAAAUGGAGGUUUCUUGAACACAAUGGACCCUACUUCCCUCCUGACUACCAGCCUCUGCCAGACAACGUUCACUUCUUCUAUGGUGGUAAGAAGGUGAAGCUGAGCCUUGCAGCUGAGGAGGUGGCGUUGUUCUUUGCCCAGAUGUUAGACCACGAGUACACCACCAAGACGGUGUUCCGGGAGAAUUUCUUUAAAGAUUGGAGAAAGGAAAUGACCCAUGAGGAGAGGUCACUGAUACAAGAUCUUAACAAAUGUGACUUUGGAGAGAUGCAUGCUAUGCAUAAAGCCAAAGUGGAGGACAGGAAAAACAUGACCAAGGAGGAGAAACUGGCUGUGAAAGAGGCCAACCAGAAGAUAGUGGACGAGUAUGGUUACUGUCUGCUGGAUCACCACAAAGAGCGCAUCGGCAACUUUAAGAUUGAGCCUCCAGGGCUGUUCCGGGGUAGAGGCGAGCAUCCCAAACAGGGCAUGCUGAAGAAAAGGAUCCAGCCGGAGGAUGUCAUCAUCAACUGCGCCAAAGAAGCCCGUAUCCCCGUGCCGCCUGCUGGUCACCGUUGGAAGGAGGUUCGACAUGACAACACUGUGACAUGGCUGGCCAGCUGGACUGAGAACAUCCAGGGCUCCAUUAAAUACAUCAUGCUCAAUGCCAACUCAAAACUCAAGGGAGAGAAGGACUGGGAGAAAUAUGAGGUUGCUCGGAAACUGAAGUCAUGCGUGGUCGACAUCCGUAACCAGUACCUCCAGGAUCUCAAAUCGAAACAGAUGUGCACGCGGCAAAGAGCUGUGGCCCUCUACUUCAUAGACAAGCUUGCGCUGAGAGCUGGUAAUGAGAAGGAGGAGGGAGAGACGGCGGACACGGUGGGUUGCUGCUCGCUCCGUGUCGAGCACAUCACCCUCCACGAGCAACUGGAGGGCAACGAGUGCGUGGUGGAAUUCGACUUCCUGGGUAAAGACUCGAUUCGGUACUACAACAAGGUCCCCGUCAUCAAGAAGGUUUUUAAAAAUCUUAAACUGUUCCUGGAGAAUAAGGAACCUGGAGAUGACCUCUUUGACCGUCUAAAUACAAACAUGCUGAACAAGCACCUGAGUUCUCUAAUGCCAGGUCUGACAGCAAAGGUCUUCAGGACAUACAACGCCUCUAUCACCUUACAGGAGCAGCUCAAAGAGCUCACAAACAAGUCAGACAAUGUGGCAGAGAAACUGCUGUCCUACAACAGGGCUAACAGAGCAGUUGCUAUUCUGUGCAACCACCAGCGGGCACCACCAAAGACCUUUGAUCAGUCUAUGGCUAACCUUCAGGCCAAGAUUGAUGCUCGAAAGGAACAGCUGGCCCUAGCAAAGACGGAGCUGAAACAGGCCAAGAAGGAGGCCAAGACCAAAGGCAGCUCAGAUUCCAAGCUGCAGACGCUGGUGGAGCGGAAGAAGGCAGCAGUGAAGCGCUGUGAAGAGCAGUUGCUGAAGAUGGAGGUCCAGGCGACUGACAGAGAAGAAAACAAACAGAUUGCACUGGGUACCUCAAAGCUCAACUACCUGGACCCACGCAUUAGCGUGGCAUGGUGUAAGAACAUGGAGGUACCUGUAGAAAAAAUCUACAAUAAGACCCAAAGGGACAAGUUCGCCUGGGCCAUCGACAUGACUGAGGCAGACUUUGAGUUCUAACUUUAAACCUCCCAUCUCAUAAGCCGAUACUAAUAUGCAAUUGAGGAACCAUUCACUUAAUACAUAUAAGUACUUUAAUAUUGCAUUUAUAAUAUGUUCAUAUGCCACUGAUGUACUUGAUGAGAUUGUGUGACACGAUUUUUUCUGUUAUAUGCUUUUGGCACUUUAUUUUGAAGCUCGCUGCUGUUUUGUUUGUAAAUUUUGUGUUUGCAUUCAUUUGAAUAAAGGUUCCUACUAUGCAGUGAA